AUUCGUGUCUCCGAUAGUAAAAUAGUUUUUACAAAAUAUCCGCACUAACUCCGCGGCAUGGUUCGAGAACAAAGCCUGAAAUUAAUUGCCAAAUUUAUGAACAGGACAGAGUCAAGUGAGGACCGUUGGCCCAAAUUCAAAAAUAUGAAACAAAUCAAUGAAGUAACCUUACUUUGCCAACGCCGAUUUAAAAUAACAGUUCCGAAUCCAAUGGCGGUCCCUCAUUUUCUGCCUCCAUUGCAGGCGUUAGUAAAAACUACGUCUUCCAAUUUUGAUUCGAUCCCUCUGCCAAACCCCAUGUUUUCUUUUAAAGAAAUCCCUCUUUUAAAUGUAUUGCUAUUAACAUCAAUCCAUGGCUUGCGGAUAUUAGUUUUGGCGCGAAUGUUCAUAUUCAUCAAUUUCGUUUGUCCUCUGUUCUUUAACCCUAACUAUUUACUCAAAUUAAUUCCAAAAUGUAGUGCAAAUUCACAGAGAGCUGUAUGAGGGGUUUUGCAGAUUAAAACCUGGCUCUAUUUUGGUGUUAUUGUUCGAAUUUUGGAAGAGGUUUUCUCUGAGGCUGUCAAGUUACAUAUCUUUGAUGUGGUCUGGAGUUGAACGUUGUAUAUGAGAGAUGUAGGCUUUGAUUUCAUUCAUCGACUCUGUUUUAAUUCAUUUAUUGGAUACUUGCUUUUGAAAUUCAAGUUGGCAUGGGAUGAGGGCCUCAGAGUAAAGAAAUAAUGGAGAUGUGUUUUUGACGAAGGGAACACAUAAUGGGAGCAUGCAUUUGGACAAAGGAAACCAUGAAUGCUUUGGGAUCUGAAAAUCAACAGAUAGCCCUAAGGCAUGUUGGCAAGAACUUUUUUAGUGAUACCGAUGAAAAAUUUAAGAAGAAUGUGCAACAUCAUUCAGAAGAAGAAACUGCUUCCAAUGGAUGGUUAAUGAAAUAUUCCAAGACUUUGCAAAGAACGACUCAUGCUUCAUUGUUUCAUUCUGUAAUCUUGGAGGUAUUACUUGUCAUAGUUGGCAUAGCAAUGACAAUUAUAAUAUGGUUCUUUGCAUUAAAACAUGCUGAACAUUCAGUUUCUAUUGUUUCUGAUGCUCUCCGUGGUGAGUUGCUUUCUCAUGCUAAAGCAUUUACUACAUCAGUCUUCGAAGAAAAUUGUGAAUCUGCAAUCCAUUUAGCUCAUUUGAUUGCAUCGUCUUUGAUAAAAGACAACUUGUCUUCAUUUUCAACAUUGGAGAACCAGAUGAAACCAGCUCUUUUUCAAGGAUAUUCAACUAUUCCAUACACAGCACAAGUUUUCUACAUGGGAAAAAAUGGAUUGUUUGUCUCUUACUACACAGAUUUUAAUGAGACAUUGAUCUUGUAUGCAAACAGAACCUAUACAGACAGCAGUAUGACACAUGCAGGAGAUCCUGCUUCUUAUAGGCAACGGUAUCUAUGGUAUUGUCAGAAAGCUAGUGCUACCACAGGGCUACCAUUAGGGGAAGCAAUUCCAACAGGCACAUUUUCUUUUUGGGGCACAAAGUGGUUCAGAGAUGCUCUCAACAGUAAAAAUGGAUUUGCUACUUGGGGCUUAGCAUUUGGCCAAUCUAAGGAACUAUUAUUCCUUUCACUGGCCUCUAUCAAAGAUGUGUCUCCUGCAGAUCCUUCUGGAGUAUUAGCUUUAGGAACGCCAAUGAGAAUUUUAAUGGAUUUCAUUACACAUUUUGAUCUUCUUGGUGGCGACAUGUAUUUAGCCACAAUAGAUGGAUAUUUGCUUGCACAAACAGGAGGAGCUUUCCAUGUUGGAGGGGAAAUAGACAAACCCAUACUGCUAGAAGCUACAAAAUCAGGAAAUCCUGUGGUGGCAGGAGCAGCAUUGCAUCUAAUAAAUAAAUUAAAGAAUAUAUCAAGAUUGGGCAAUGAAACUUUCAGUUCCUCUGAUGCAAGAAUUCAAGGUGCAUCAUACAUAGUGGACAGUACACCCAUCCAUCUUGCUGGAACAACUAUGGUAUGUGUUGUCAUCAUUCCCUGCAAAAGUAUUUGGGGUCACAUGGAGAAACAGGGCCACACAACAUUAAUUUUGCUAAUCAUCUUGGCAGCUUGCAUGCUCUUCAUAAGCUGUGCUUUUAUUUUUUUGCUUACACGAGCUGGGAACAGAGAAAUGCACCUCUCUGCAGCAUUGAUUCAACAACUUGACGCAACAAAACAAGCAGAGAGAAAAAAUAACCAAAAAAAUAUUGCUUUUGCUAGAAUGAGUCAUGACUUGCGGACAUCUCUUGCGGCUAUCAUUGGCCUCAUUGAUCUUUGUCAUUAUGAUGUUGUUGAAGGUUCAGAAUUGGAGAUGAACCUUUUGCAGAUGAAUUCUUGUGCAAAUAACUUACUUGGUUUGUUAAACUCUAUCUUGGAUGUGAGUAAAAUUGAGGCUGAGAAGCUGCAACUUGACGAGACAGACUUCAAUAUAGUUCAGGUCCUUGAAGAAGUUGUAGAUAUGUUCUCUGUUGUGGCAUUAGAAAAAGGUGUAGAAGUUGUAUUGGAUUUGUGUGAUGAUUCUGCAGAGAAAAUAUCAUGGAUUAAAGGUGAUGCAGGUCGACUGAAGCAGAUACUGUGUAAUUUAUUAAGCAAUGGUGUAAAGUUUACUUCUGAAGGCCAUGUGAUAUUACGUGCCUGGGUUAAGCAAGUUUUCCAUAGCAAGCCCUCAGUUCAUGGUGGCCACAGUGCUCAACAUUUCAGGGCAUGUUGGAGUUGUAUGCCCAAAUGGGUCUUUGAGGUCAGUAAUGCUUACAAACAAUUAGAUGCCUUUUCUGAGGUUCAAACUGAUUCAAAUUAUGUUGAGUUUGAGUUUGAGGUAGAGGAUACAGGAAAGGGUAUCCCAAAGGACAAGCACAAGUCUGUUUUUGAGAACUUUGUCCAAAUUGAUGGAUUAACUUCUACGAAUCAUGAUGGCAUUGGUCUGGGUCUUGGCAUUGUUCGAUCUUUGGUGCAUCUGAUGGGUGGAAAUAUUAAGAUUGUUGACAAAGGUGAACCUGGGGAAAAAGGAACAUGCUUUAGGUUCAAUCUCUUUUUCAGAAUUGCUGAGGUUAGUGUAGAUCAGAGCAAGAAUGGAGAAAAUCGGUCAUUAGGUAUGCAUGUGCUUAAUGGAGUUUCUCUGUGGGCUAAAAGUUAUUCAUGUGAAAAAUAUGACGUUCAAGAUUGGCAACUACGACAGAAAUCUUCAUUGACUUCUGGCACUUCAGAACCCCACUGGCAAAGGCCUGCUCUCAAAGAAAAUGUCUUUGUAGUCCUUGCAAUGAAUGGCGAGGCAAGCAAAAUGAUUUUAAAGAAAUGGCUGGAGCACAGAUGUGAACAGGUUUUGAUGGUAAACCAAUGGUUGGAUUUUAUCCCAACACUUGAAAAUCUCAAACAAGAGGUUCUUGUACAGAGUCUAAGGGCUUCCGAGACGUCUGAGUUUGUUUCUCCAAAGAGCCUGUUGAGUGAUCCUUGGGUGGAUGAUAUGUCACAUCAAGGUGACACAUUCUCUGAUUAUGGUGUAAACCAACUUUCUCCAGAUGGUUAUGGUUCAGGUACUGAGGAAUCUAAACAGAGAAAAGUGAAUGGAGUAAGUAUGCACCUGCUGGUUGUUGUAGAUAUCAACAUGAUUGUAGGACCUCCAGAACAAAUAUCGGCGAUUUUAAGUAAUUUUUUUGGAGUUGGACAGGUGCCCAUCUGUAAGGUUGUAUGGCUAGCUAAUGCAAAUACUCCCAGUGUAGAAUUGGAGAACUUGAAGAGAGGAUCAGUUCCUUGUGACUUGAUAUUACAUAAGCCAGUUCAUGGGUCACGUUUGCAUGCAGUUUGGGAUCUUGUGCAGGAUCUUAGUGGAAAAAGAACACAGCAAGCUUCAGAAAUUGAGGCAUCAAAUGUUUUGCCACAGACAGAAUCUAGUGAUGAACAUUUCAGAAGGAAAUCCUUUGAUCGGCCUACAUCUAGUUUGGUAAAUUUUAAAGAUCAAAAGCAAAUGUGGUCUGAACUAACACAGAAGGAUAACAAAUUGAGAGCUCAGAAUUUAUUGGAAGGAAUGCAUAUACUUGUUGCAGAAGAUAAUGCUGUUUUACGACGACUUGCACAAGCCACACUUACCCAGUUAGGUGCCACUGUCAAAUGUGUUGAUGAUGGAGAACAGGCUGUGCAAAUAGUUUCUGAAAUGCUUCAUAGCAGAAUCAAGAACAAUAAAGAUUUUUUGUCUUCAAAACAGUGUCCACUCAAAUCAUCUGAUGAUCCUGUACAACCCUAUGUCUUUGACAUUCUUCUGAUGGAUUGUGAGAUGCCCAUAAUGGAUGGGUAUGAAGCGACUCGUAGGAUCCGUGAAGAAGAGAAGCGAUAUGGCUUUCAUAUACCAAUUAUUGCCCUGACUGCUCAUGCAAUGGCUGAGGAGGCGAGGAGAUGUAUUCAAGCAGGAAUGGAUUUUCACUUGCCAAAGCCACUGACAAGAGAGCCUCUGCUAAAUAUAGUAGGCAAGAUCUGUGCAGAAAAAGAAGCCUUGGAAUUAUAGAGGAUUUAUCAUCCCACAAAAAAUACCUAUGAGAUUUGGUUUCAUGCCAUUACCUGGGCUGUGAUGGGUAAAUUUUUAGAGACAUUCUUUUCCUUUUCAAAGACACCCAAGGUAGCAUUGAAGGUUGUGACAGAUGAAAUGCUCAUGAAGAUUUCUUAUUCCAAUCUUUGUCAUGGAUCAUUUAGAUGUUAUAUCGAACAAUUUGUUCAAUGUGGCAUGCAAGUUUGUUAGUGAUUAAAUAAUAGAUGAAAUUUCAACUUAGAAUGUAAAGUUGCCUCAUUGGCUUCUUUUUAAUAUUAACAUUCACAUUUCAACUAUUAUAGAAAUAAUGAGACAUGGCAAUUCAAUAUAAUUUCAAGUUAUUUUCAACCCAUAAAGCUGAUAGAAUUUCUAAUUAACCAU